AAAUUGACGCGUCUCAAGAUUGAAAUUGAAUAUUUCUUGUGGACAUCGUCAUACACAUUAUUCAUGUGAGCGAUUCUUUCAAAUCGUUUAGUGGGUCCGUCAUUAGCGAUGUUCAUUGUUUAGAUGUUGUAUUCGAACAAAGGGUUGAAUCGUUGAUUGUGAACAGACAAGUUGAUGUUACUGAAGAUGUAAUUCAGGUUGGAAAUCUUGUGUAUGUGAUUUUUAAAUGGAAACCGAUGAAAAUGAUGAGUAUAAAAUAUCCAAUAUGCAACGGUGUCCCUACAUCCACGAAAUGAAGGAACGACUUCUAGGAGAACAGAUUCCGAUGGAGGUGAUCCCGACUAGUAAGAUUCCAACUCCUCCGCCUUUUGAAAUGGACCAAAAAACUUUCGCCAAACAUCAACUCGUCCCAACCGUAGUAAAGUUGAAUCCUGAUGGAUACGGAUCACACACAUCGCCAGCACAUCGUGAAGUAGUAGAUAGGACUCCGCUGAUAACUAAGGAUCCCGAAGAUGAUUUUCAAUAUACUCGUCAGAAAGUAUUCCCAAAAAAUGCCAAAACAUCGCUAUUUAUAGUCAUGAGUUUCGUCUACGCUAAACUCUUGGUUGUGAUAUGUAUUGCCUACGUCAUAUCCGAUGCUGUUACCCACAAUAUUCCCCUCUUCUAUUACGAAGGAUUCUUCACCUAUCUUUACGGAAUGAGCAUUUUCUUCUUGCUUUACGUAUUCUGCUUCUUACUGCAGGAGAGUUCUUGUUGCUCGGGAGGAGAAAAAGGUGCGAAACCACCGUCUAAAUCAAAAAAGAAAGAGAAGGAAAAAGAGAAAAUGAAGGAAAAAGAAAAGGGAAAAGUCAAGGCCAAGGACAAGGAGAAGAAAGAAGAGGAGAAGAAGAAGAAAGAGGACGAAAAGCAGACGAAAGAGAAGAAAGAAAAGGAAAAGGAUAAGAAGAAUAAAAAACAGGAGAAGGAACAAAUCCCAUCCGUUCCUGUUCUUCAGCCUCAGGCGGUUCCCCCUCACUCGGUUUCUGGUGCCAACAAUGCCGGCGGAGAUAUUGAAGCCGGCACCGUCUCCAGAGUCAAGUGCAAGCGCAAGACUACCCAGAAUGACCACAGUCACGGGAGUUUUUUCCUUAGGAUAGGAGCUAUAGCUUUCGGUUUGGGAACGAUGAUCUACAACGGAUUGGAGUUUGGAGUAUUUUUCGAAAUUCCCUUCACUUCGCCAUGCUACAUGAUUCUUCGUGGUGUAAAUCCGGUUCUUCAGAUGGUCUUCACUUUCAUGCAGAUGUAUUUCAUUUUUAUGAAUUCUAGGCUCAACAUCCACCGAUUCAAGAUAAUUGCCCGAUUUGGUUUGAUGCAUGUUGUUGCGACAAACAUUUGUGUAUGGAUCAGGACAUUAGUGAUAGAGUAUCUGAAAGACAUCACAAAAUAUCAUGUGAAGAAUAGCAAUUCAUCCAACAUCACUAGUGAGUCUUCUUUUGCAGACAGCAUCAAACUCCAUAAUCUGCGAAACGCUAAUACGGUACUUGGUACUCAUAGAGCAGUACCUGAUGUUAUCAAAUCUACUGUUUCAAACCUAAUGAUGACAGCUAGCACGAUGAAGAACUCUUUCCAAACAUCAGUUAAAUCAGCAGCGACAUCAUUUUCUACGAUUGCAACUACUUCGCGACCUACUACAAGCACUCCUUAUGUUUUCACGAUGCCCAAAAAUAUUCAGCCCGUUCGGAAUAUCGAAGUUACUACUCCCGAAACCACGACUACAACUGCAAAGUAUAUAAAAACUACAACGGCGAACAUCUGGAGAGCUAUCACAACUGAACUGACCUCACCUAGUACAACAACUACUACAACUGCACCUACCACCACAACCACAACAGCAACCACUACCGACAACGCUCUUAGAAGUUUCUUGGAUUUUAGAAGUUUUGACAGCUUUGGAGCCAAUGAUAUGGCGAGUGUUGGAGGAGGCGAACUCAGUCAAGAAAUUGGCAAUGCAAUAACAAGUAACGAAACUAAUAUGCUCGAUUACAUAAUUCCUCAAGCGUUAACGGCUCUGAAUGGAACAGUAGACGAAUCAAAGAGCUGUGGAAGAGUUAACAUAAUGGGAUCGAUAGUUGAAGAGUCUGGGCCUUACCUAUAUCCGUUCAUAAUUGAAUAUUCUCUCAUCGGAGCUGCCGUAAUCUACAUCAUGUGGAAGCAUAUUGGAAUGAACCCCAGAUAUUCUACCCAGGAAGAUUUGGAACACCGUCUUGAGUUGAUGCUGUCACGUAGAGCAGUAGCACUAGCGCAUGCCCAACAUGGUCGUGUUGACUGUAUUGGAGCCUCAAAAGGUCUCUUCUUCGGUUUGCUGAUGUUGGUAGGAUCGUUGAUAUGCCUCAUUCUUUUCUUCGUGUUGAUAUCGAAUAAUUCCUUCCGAAUUCUAGCGAUAUACCUAGCAGAAGUUUCCCAUUGUGGUCUCAUGGUGCUGAGUAUUAUCGCCAUCAUCGUCGGAUUCAUAAGGAUACAGUCGCUAAAAUUCAAAACAGAGGAACAGAAUGAACUCAACGAUAUACUUCUACGCAUUUCUGCGUUUGGACUGUUCAUUUACGCAGUCUUCAGUGUGAUUGCUGGCCAUCUAAAUGCGUUUACAGAGGAAGCAAACUUGCUUGCAAUGAUAACUGGAAUUCUCGCCAUUCUACAAGUCGUCCUUCAACUGCUCUUCAUUGCCGACGUCUCCCGUCGUCGCGUUUACCUUCCCGUACACGAUCGUUCAAAACCUGGACGUCAAGUGGUGACUUUCCUGCUCAUAUGCAACGUUACGAUAUGGAUAAUAUACACAUUCGAAAUGAGAAAAGUCCAAGAGAACCCGGUUCAGCUGGAAUUCUACGGAUUUUUAGCGUGGACGAUGAUACAGCGAUUCACACUUCCUCUUUGCAUUUUUCACAGGUUUCAUUCAGCGGUGACAUUGGCCGAAAUUUGGAAAACCAGUUAUAAAGCGCGUCUUGAAUGAACGAAUCGAGUCUUUGAGGUCGUAUUUCCGUCGAAAUACGAGCCGAAAUUGGGAGCAUUUCUUAAAUAAUUAACAAAGUCGUGUCCAAGUCUGAUAGUUACAUUCAUAUCGAUAUUUUUUCACUUCGGUUGUAUCGAUAAGUAACGCCCAGAAACAACAAAUAAUUCAUUUGUCUUCGUUCGCUGAAAUUGUUUGGUGAACUUCAUUUCAGGGAGCAUCCGGCCAAGUCAGAUAAAAAUUCACGAAAGUUGGACGUUCUCUAUGAGAAUAUCAAGUUACAUACAAUUCGAUAAAAAGUCCAUUUUGUAUUGACCGAUUGGGAUUGCUUGUUCACAUCAUUUGAGGGUCUGACAUAUGAGUAUACCAAUUCAGCUAGAAAUCCUCUACAUUCUCAAAUGUAGUUGUGUAUUAAAAUUAAUGUUUAUUUAAAUCUUAUAACUGCUUGAAGAAACUUUGUAAUUCAUUCUACGUCAUUCUAAAUCAAAGUUUUGAAAGAUGAAUCAAAGAAGCUACGAUGAUGAAUUGAAACUGUUUGUUAGAAAUUAUCAUACUGCUCUUCCUACGCUUGUGUGUAAGUACAAAUCAGAUAUGGAACGUAUCAAUGAUAAGUAUCAUUUGUUAAUUUCAUUUUCAGAUGAUAAUUCAGGUCAUCUCCAUCUAUUGUUGAUAGUACAAAAUGCAACUGAGAUAAAUAGUAUGUCACGACCUACAAAACAAUGUGUGUCACAAAUGUAUAGUUAAGUAUUGGUAGAGAGUUUGUCACAGUCAAAUCAAAAUCACCUACAAAACGAAAUAUUUGACAGUGCCGAUAUAUUUACGAAUUCAAAAUGGGAAAUUUUCGAAGAACAAUCGAAGUGGUUUGUCAAAGUCUCUACAUCCAUGUCAAAACUUGUUUUAUGUCAUCGGAGAGUUUAUGCACUAUUAAUUAUCGAUAAAUAUAUACUAUGAAGAUGGAGAAGUGGAAAACCGAAACCUUUCUUUUUUAAAAAAUGUUUCUCUCCUAAAAAUAUACCUCUUUCAAUCCAUACUAAAACAACUAUAGCAGGGUUACAACUUUCAUUACUUCCGCGACAAAUCUAUUACUAUUGAAAGUUUUUAUUACGUUGUUACGCCGAAGUACAAUCUAGUACAUUUUCAUUAUUCUGACUA